ACAUACGGCCACAAGAGUGAGCUUGCUGUUCCGCUCGACACCCGGAACAAGCAAGGCCUGCUAGAAGUCACCACCAUUUCCGCCUUCAGCUUCUUCAGCGGCACGCGUUGGGCGUGUUUCCACGAGCUUGACAUCUGGAUGUUUCCGCUGCUCCUCUCAGGGAGAUAUAACUCACUAUCCAAAUCAUGCCUUUCAGCUCAUCUUCUCAUCAUCUCUGGAAUCAUGUCGUCGCCAUCCACACCCACAACCUCCAGACUUGACCACGCUCUUCCCAUCCAUCCACCGACCACGGGUAUCUCAACUCCCGAGAACAUGGCAAACCGUUAUCUCAAAGUCACCCAAGAAUGUCGCAGAAUGGAUAUUCUAGCCCAGAAGACCUUUGACGUCUUCAACAUGCUCUGCAAGGGCACGUUCGAUGCGGAGAAAUACUGGGAGGAUCGCGAGUUGGAAAAGAUGAAGUAUCUUGAGAAGGCACUAGGCAGGUACGAUGAUGCUUCAACGGUGAGCCAUGAGAGACAUUGCACUCUUGGAUCGCCCACAUCCAGCCACUCGGAGGAUGAGACUUGCCAUGGCGAGAAAACGCCUUUUUUCUAAGUAGUGUCGUCUUUGUGAGGAGCGG